UCAUUGUACACUGUUCGUCUUGACUGCAGAUUUUUGUCACUGCCCCCUGCUGCCGCUGCCAGCUCUCGUCCGUUUACCAGGCGAGUCGCAGUUCAUCUCGAAUGAGCCUAUUAUUUGUUCACGCUGCUCCCUUUACGAGACUACGUUACCCAGAAUCCUCAGCUCAAAACAGACAACACUAGAGGCAUCAUGGCGGCCCCCUCUAUAGAGAUGGUUGGUGUUUCUCAUGAUUCUAGUAGCAGCGACGACGAAGAGCUGAAAAGAUGUCAGGAGGCAGUCUGGGAGGCACGAACUGACAAGAAGAAAGAUGAAGAGAGAAGUGUGAAACAGUCAAAACGUGUUGUUGUAGCUGACCACGAACAUGAUGGCAAUGAGCUCCAGGUCACCCAGGGGUUUCGAACACAUGUCGCUAAAAAGUUGGGACAGCUUCUUGACAGUUACAUUACAGAGAUGCAGACCAAAACAUCAUUCUGUGCAGCAUCAGUUAAAUGUGAUGAUGAUGAUGAUGAUGAUGGAUUUCGUCUGUUUUCUACAUCAGUUCCAGGACAGACAGCUGAGGAUCCCAGAGCUCCAGUGAAGCGUCGACCUGUUUCCAGCUCGAGUGACAGUGACAGUGAGAUGGAAACGAGGUUGAGAGAGGCAGCGGUGACUGUCAGAGAUCUCUUCCCCUCAUCAACACUGCCCUCUACAUUUUCACCUCCCUGCUUGGAAAUAAUUAAGAAAAAGAAGAAAGUGUCAGAGGGAGAAGAGAGCAAUGUUGUUAAGAAAAAGGAAAAGACGAAACAGAAUCAAGAAGAGGGUGUGCAGGUGGACUCUGCAGGUUCACCUCUUCGUGCUCAAAGAAACGGUGAGCACAGAGACUCAGAGCACGAACACACUCAAGUCAAAGUAAAACGGAAGAAGGAAAAGAAACAAAAAAGAAACAGAGAGGAAAAAGCUUUGAACUGAAUUUUUUAUGACUAACUGUUCACUGUUGGGGAUGUCUGUAUGUGUUCCAUUCUGCCACAAGCUUGAAAUGACUGGGUGGUGAAAUAUUUUCCAAAUUGUUUACAAAAUAUUUUACGAAGCCAGGGUUACGUUAAAAUUCUUUUAAUACCAUUUGUCAUGGUUAUUCCUGAAGCUGUUUUUACUUUCUCAUGCAUGAUGUUCAUUAAAGUGUGAAAAAGCUUCAAGGCAGUGAGUUAAAGAAUGCAGGUAACAUGCAGUAUCACAAGUUCAAUUGAAUUUACUUUCUGAAUAUUACAAAACAUUAUUUUAAUAAAAAAAACAAGAACACAUGGGCGCUGA